AUGGGCAGAGUCCGCUCCAGCAGCUGGAGCCUGGCAGCAUAUGCUACACGCUGCUUGUCCUUCUUGCUGGCGGUCAUCGUCCCCAUCUCCUGCCUGGAAACUGAAAACCAGUUUGGCUUCGUCUCCAUCAAUAAUCACAUCAACACAACAGUCGUGGCCGACUGCGAGGCGCUCCAGGAAGCCCUGCGGUCCGAGGUGGAGGACAACCUCAUCGUGGUGAUCGCCUACAUUCGGUGCGACCCCACCGUGUGGGACCAGUCUGUCGUGGUGUAUGGUAACAAGACGGUGACGGGCCCUGGCCAUGGCGUCAUCGUCGGGGCCGUGGACUGGGGGAGUGGCGACGGCGUGGUGGUUGUGGGCAACGGCUCCUCGCUCACCUUCCAGGACAUAAUCAUCCUACAAGAUUAUCUCGGGGCCAAUGCCCUGCUGAACUUGCAGUUCCUGAGCGCCGGCACUGAGUCCAACGCCUUUCUGAAGGGAGUGGCUGUGGGGGUUGGGGUGUGCCCCCAGCCGGUGGGCAUAUACGACAAAGACCUGCGCGACCUGGAGCGGCCUGGCCACAUCCCCGGAGAGCAGGAGGCCGCCAGGCUGGAUGUGACCGGCCUCUUUGUCAGGGACGUGGCUUUCUCACCCUAUGGCGACUCCACUUGGCAGCAGUGCAACGUGAUAUGGCGCUGCGGGGUGAUGUCCGCCCUGGAGCCCAAAUUCUUGAAAGAUUUCAACGACGAGCUGGUGAGUCCAGUGUGUGGGGACCCAUUAGCGGAUGGCGUUUCGCCGCUGGGCGUGGGUCUGCGGCGGAGGAGAGUGGAAAAGGUGGAGUCCGAGGAGGACAAGGCAGCCAUAGGGAUCUCUCUUUCAGUGCUGGGGCUUUUCCUGGUAAUUGUCGUCGUUGGGGCCCUCAUGCUCUUCCGACACAGGGGCAAGAAGAGAAGGCGCAAAGCUGACGAGAUUCAGCGAAAGAUCAAAGGGCCACAGCACAAUUGCCUGCAGCCCAUGGACGGGCCGGGGGACGUGCUGGCCCCAAGGGAACUGUGCAGCCCCCACCUCGGGUCCACGUCAACCGGAAACUUCCCGAACGUCUUCAAGAUGGAUCUCGCAGACGUGGAGUUGGGCAAGCGGCUGAAGAGGGGGAAGUCCGGUUCCGUCUACAAGUGUUCCUAUCAGGGGGUGCCGGUGGCCGUGAAGGUUGUGGAUCACCGCGGCGAGGGCCUGCAGGAGGACACCGGGGAGCCCCUGGAGGCGGAGCUGUGCAAACAGAUGCUGCACGGCAACGUCGUGGCGACGUAUUUGUACAAGACUGUACGAUUUGACAGCCUGUUCUCCAGCACUCACACCACGUGGAACAGGGGCUCGGCGAGCAUCAUGGAGACCCGGAGUGGGCAGCUGACGGAGUCGGGCAGCAACGUGGAGGGCUGUCUGAGCGUGAACAUGGACCCCAAGGGGUACAGGACCUUCAUUGUCAUGGAGUACUGCAAUGGCGGGUCGCUGCUGAAGGGCAUAAAUUCGGGGGCAUUCUUCACGCAGGAGACGGGCCCCUUGGCUAUGCGCGCCCUCCUCACGGCCCUGGACAUCGCCCGCGGUGUGGGCUUCCUGCACGACAUGUGCAUCGUCCACGGCGACCUGCGUCCCGAGUCCUGCCUGGUCAAGUCCGAGGCGUCCAACAAGAAGGGCUUCGUGUGCAAGGUGGGCGACUUCAAGCUGAGCCGCUACGUGGCCGACGCCCUGCCCCUUAAGGCCACCGCCGUGGGCUGCACGGCGUACGCCGCCCCGGAGCUGCUGAGGAGCGGCACGCUCACCAAGGCCGCCGACGUGUACGCCAUGGGCAUGAUCCUGUGGCGCCUGCUGUCCGACAUCCCCGCCUACAAGAGCAUGAAGGAGGAGGAGGUCGUGGAGUUCGUGCUGCGCGGACAGAGGCCGGAAAUACCGGCGCACUUUUCAAAGGGGUACCGGGAGCUCGUGGAGGCCUGCUGGCACCAGGACAGGGCCAGGCGGCCGGAGUUCCACCAAAUCGUGGAUAGGCUCCAGGCGCUGGUGUCGGCCGCGGCGGCCACAUCCGGGGAGAGCUCCGCCCGGCCGGACGGCCCCGGCUCGCCCGGCGCCGUGGUGACCCAGCAGACCUGGGAGCUGCUGACGGAGUCGCUGUCCGGGAACCGCAUCUACACCCCGGUGUUCCCGUCCGGCGACGGGUCGACUUCGUCCAAAAACCCGGACCCAGAUGGGCAGCCCGCCAAGGUUGAGGGGGGCGUGAAGGACAGCGCGCCCCAUGGGGGGGAGGUUGUGGAUCUCGCGCCCAAGAGGAGGGGCGAGGUUGCUGCCGGGGAGGCAUCGGAAGCGGGGGGCUCCAAGGAACGGGAGCAGGAACCGAGCCAGUCUGACUCCACCGCAUCGGACAGCAGCGCAUCCCCGCGCAGGCGCGUGUGCGACUCCGUGGCCGACAUGCCGGGCAGCCGCGCGACGCACUUCCAGGAGGUCGACGAGGCCGUGGGCGAGUCGGAGAGGCCGUCGGACUCCGACCGGGGCAGCUCUUACGGGCGCAGCUUCCUGUCGAGCUUCCUGGCGGGCCGUGGCGGCUACAGCUCCCCCAGGGGGCGGUCCUCUCCGCCCAGGCACGCCGGCGUCAGUCGAUUCGAGCAUCGCGCUCCCCGGCGUGAUAACGACCGGGGCCCCGGUCCCGCGAGCCCGUCCCGGCCGACCACCCGGGGGAGGUUCCAAGUGUCGAUCGCCACCGCCACCAGCGCGCAGCACGCGGACCGGAUGGGCCGGGCGGCGUGCAGCGGGGAGAGCGGGGUGGAGGGGGAGGGGGAGGUGCAUGGGCUGCAGCAGUGCGCGCCGCCGGAGAGCGGGUCGGAGGAGGAGGGGGGGGAGGGGGAGCGGAGAGGCAGCGGGGAGAGCCAGCGGACGAGCAGCGGUGCGCUGCCGGCGCACCUGCCCGUGCCGCCCGAGACCUUCGGCGUGUCAAGCAAGGAGGUGGCUGCCCCCGGCAUUCUUCUGGAGGUGGAGGAGCCCAUGUCCGUCUCGGCAGAUGGCUGGGUGCCGUCCCGUAUACCCCGCAAUCCUCGGCGAGCCCCUUCGCCCUUGUGA